AUGGCGGCCCCUGAUGACGGCUACGGCGGCCAGCAGCCGUACGGCCAGCAGCAGUCGCCCUACGCGGAGCAGGGCUUCGAUGCACAGGGCGCCCCGCCUCCGCCCCAAGGCGCCCCCGCCGGCGCCGACGCCGGCAAGAAGAAGAAGCGAAACUAUGCUGCUGGCGCAUUCGACGUCGGCGUUGGCGCCAAUGUUGGGCCUGGCGGUGCUCCUCCCAUGGGCGGCGGCGCUGCCCCGCAGUACGGCAUGCCUCCAGCCCCCGGCGCCCCGGCCCCCUACGGCGCCGCCUACCCGCAGCAGGAUCCGCAGCAGGCCGCCGCGUACGGCGCCCCCCAGCCCUUUUCGCCUCAGCAACCUCCCCCCGGCGUCGGCGGCUACCAAGCCCCUGAGCCCUACUACCCUGGCGCCGCCGCUCCCGGCCCCGGCACCCCCGGCAUGGGCCCCGGCGGCGUCGGCGGCCUGACCCAGGGCAUGGCGGGUAUGCAGCUGGGCCCGGGGCAGCAGCAGCCCCAGAUGCCCCCUGCCCAGCAGGCGCGUUCUGGACCCCUGAACCAGCUCUACCCGACCGACCUGCUCAACCAGCCCUUCAACGUGUCGGAGCUCGACUUCCCUCCUCCACCCGUCAUCCUGCCGCCCAACUCUAGCGUGACCACUUCACCUCUGGCGAACUGCUCGCCCAAAUACGUCCGCUCGACCCUCAACGCCGUACCUACGACACACUCGCUUCUGAAGAAGUCCAAGCUGCCGUUUGCCCUGGUCAUCCAGCCCUACGGCUCACUGCAUGACCUGGACGACCCCGUGCCCAUCGUGCAGGACCAGGUUAUUUCGCGGUGCCGGCGGUGUCGCUCGUACAUCAACCCCUUCGUUACGUUUCUAGACCAGGGCCACAGGUGGCGCUGCAACAUGUGCAAUCUCACCAACGACGUGCCCCAGGCCUUCGACUGGGACCCCGCCGAGCAGAGGAGCGUCGACAGGUGGCUGCGCCCCGAGCUCAACCACGCUGUCGUCGAGUUUGUCGCCCCGCAGGAGUAUAUGGUGCGCCCUCCCCAGCCCCUCGUCUACCUCUUCCUGCUCGACGUGAGCUUCGCCGCAGUGUCGACUGGCCUCCUGGCCACCAGCGCCCGCACCAUCCUCGACAGUCUUAACCGGAUUCCGAACGCGGACCGACGCACGCGCCUUGGUUUCAUCGCAGCCGAUUCGAGCCUGCACUACUUCGCCGUGCCUAAGGACAGCGAGGAGAACGGGGAGACAAACAUGCUCGUCGUGAGCGAUCUCGACGAGCCCUUCCUGCCAGUGCCCCAGGAGCUGCUUGUCCCGCUCACCGAGUGCCGGCAGAGCAUCGAGAACUUCCUGACCAAGCUGCCCGACAUGUUUCUCAACACCACCAACAACGGCUCCUGCAUGGGCUCGGCCCUACGCGCCGGCCACAAGCUCAUCUCGCCGCUGGGAGGCAAGAUGGUGGUCCUCAGUGCGUCGCUGCCCAACGUGGGAUACGGCAAGCUCGAUAUGCGCGAGGACAAGAAGCUUCUAGGCACAUCCAAGGAAAACGGCCUCCUGCAGACGGCAAACAGCUUUUACAAGAGCUUCGCGGUCGAGUGCUCCAAGAAUCAGGUCUCAAUCGACAUGUUCCUUUUCUCGUCGCAGUACCAGGACGUGGCUUCGCUGAGCAACCUGCCCAGAUACACGGGCGGUCAGACGUGGUUCUACCCCGGGUGGAAUGCCGGGCGGCCGGAGGAUGCCAUCAAGUUCGCGUCCGAGUUUAGCGACUACCUGUCGUCCGAGAUCGGGCUGGAGGCGGUGCUCCGCGUGCGCGCGACGACGGGUCUGCGUAUGAGCACGUUUUACGGCAACUUCUUCAACCGAAGCUCAGACCUGUGUGCCUUCCCGGCCUUCCCGCGCGACCAGUGCUACGUGGUCGAGGUGGCCAUCGACGAGACGCUGGGCAAGAGCGUGGUGUGCAUGCAGACGGCGGUGCUGCACACGACGUGCAACGGCGAGCGGCGCAUCCGCGUCAUGACGCUGGCGCUGCCGACGACGACCAACCUGGCCGACGUGUACGCGUCAGCCGACCAGUGCGCCAUCACGACCUACUUCAGCCAUAAGGCGGUUGAACGGGCACUCAGCAGCGGCCUGGAGGCGGCGCGCGACUCUCUACAGAGCAAGGUGACGGAGCUGCUCCAAACGUUCCGCAAAGAGCUCGCGGGCGGCAGCAUGGGCGGCGGCCUGCAGUUCCCCUCCAACCUCCGGGCCCUGCCAGCGCUUUUCCUGGGCCUGAUCAAGAAUGUGGGCAUGCGCAAGUCGGCGCAGAUCCCGUCGGACCUGCGUUCGGCAGCGCUCUGCCUGCUGUCGACGCUGCCCCUGCCGCUUCUCGUGCAAUACAUUUACCCCCGACUCUACUCGCUGCACGACAUGCCAGACAACGCGGGCAUUCCGGACCCGGAAACGAGCCAGACGGUGCUCCCGCCGGCCAUGAACUUGUCGUCGGAAAGGUUCCAGUCCUUCGGCCUGUAUCUUAUCGACGAUGGGCAGGUGCAGUUCCUCUGGGUCGGCAGAGAUGCGGUGCCGCAGCUCCUGAUGGAUGUCUUUGGCGUGGGCGAUCGAGCACAGCUGCGGGUGGGCAAGGGCAGCGUGCCCGAGCUCGACAACGACUUCAACGAGCGUGUGCGGGCCGUCAUCGCCAAGAGCCGCGACUACAAGUCGCGCGGUGUUGGCAGCAUAAUCGUGCCUCACUUGUAUGUUGUCCGUGAGGACGGCGAGCCCAGCCUGAAGCUGUGGGCGCAGACGCUACUGGUGGAGGACCGCGCGGACCAGGGCAUGAGCUAUCAGCAAUGGAUGGGGACGCUGAGAGAAAAGGUUGUGCAGUAA